CUCACACAAAACCUGUCUCAUUGAGAUUGUAUAGUAUUACUCGAACGCAUUUUGAGGGUUGUGUCCGAAAAGAACAAUAGCGAUACUCACUUCAAGAACGUCCAAGAUGGAGAUAACCAAUUACGCACAACCUGAUACGCCCAACGUCGCUGAGUCCAAGCGCAAGAUUGGUUUCCUGGAUCUACCAGCUGAGCUCCGCAAUACGAUAUACGACCUACUGGCUACCACCAUUGGACGAAAAGACUACAUGCCGCGAACCCGCUCGGAUGCAGACACAGCGUCAACAAGAUUAAAGUACCUACCGUGGCCCCGUUUGGUGCGCGGCGAUCUGAGCCUUGCGCAAACCUGUCGCCAAAUACGUUCAGAGUAUCUCCCCAUAUACGCAGCCAGCACAAAGGUGCAUAUAUCUAUGCACGCCUUCGCCCUCGCCGCCGAAGACCUGAACGUCAACAAACACGAAAUCUGCAUGCCAGCCAGCCAUGUAGAGCUCAUUGUCCGGCUUUACGGUUAUCAUGGAUGUGGUUAUCGACCGUGCCAUGACAUAGCGCCACUUCUUCGUCUGGCACUACGCCAGCCCGAGCUGGAAUUCAAGUUCAAAGACGAGGAAUGCAUGCGCGAGAAAGUGAUAAAGGGCGAGCAGAGGGACACCAGCGCUUACCUCACCACCCUCUUUUCCUUUCAUACCAACCCCGUCUGGUGUGACUUUUUUACCGACGCUGUGAGGGAGGUGUUUAUGUAUCCUGAUGAUUUCGAAUACGGCCCUAGGAAACGUGCCAAGGUGCAUAUCGAGGUUGAGGAAGAGUAUGGCGAGUUGUGGAUGCAGCGUCGAGGAGCGCGUAGUGGGGGCCAGGACAAGAUUGACGAGUGGUUGCCAACGGUCGGACUGGAGGGUUUAGUGGGAUGGCAUGGGUUGGAGGUUCACUGGGCAAAGGGAUGGUUCGAAGAUUUGUUCGAGGAGUAGGAGUGGGUGUACCUAGGUAUACCUAGAUAAGAUGCGCGUUUAGUGAUACGGUUCGGAGACCGACCACGAGGAG